AUGGAGUCCCGCCACAACGGAUUAUUGGAAACGGGAAUCAUCUGCUCGUUGGCCUCGCGCAGCAGGCUUCGCAGCAGCCCCCGCACCUCCGAUCUAGUAGACAUGGUGAAGGAUCUGGGGAAGAGGAAGAAGCUUCUGGACUUCUCGACGGCGUCGCUGGCGCGCGAGCUGACCAUGCAGGAGUGGGAGAUCUUCAAGCGCAUCGCGCCGCGCGAGUUCCUCAACCAGGCCUGGCAGCGCGAGAACAAGGCCAUCAUCGCGCCCAACAUCAUCCGCAUGAUCGGCCGCUUCAACCAGAUCUCCUACUGGGUGGCGACCGAGGUCCUCACCAAGCAGGACCGCAAGACGCAGGUCAAGAUCAUCAAAAAGUUCAUCAAGACAGCCUACAUCUGCUACCACCUGGGCAACUUCAACUCCAUGAUGGAGAUCCUCUCCGGCCUCAACAACAUCUCCAUCUCGCGCCUCAAGGAUACGUGGCGGCAGGUGCCGGAAAAGUACAAGGCCUAUUUCGAGGAGCUCGAGGCGGUGAUGGACAACCAACAGAACUUCCAUCGCUACCGCGAACAGCUCGCCAAGCGAGAGGAGGCGCGAGAACCGACGCUGCCCUAUUUCGGAUUGUUCCUGCGCUACUUCACCUACUUGGACGACGGCAAUCCGGCCUACGGACCCGACAAGUGCAUCAACAUUGGUGCCAUGGAGCUCCGCCUCGAACACGUGCAAAAAGUGAUGAAGUACCAAUCGAUUCCGUACAACCUCUCGAGGAAUGUGCACGUGCAGAACUUUCUCAAUAAUCUGCACGUGGUGGAGGACGAGGACAAGCUCUACGCCAUGUCCCUCGCCUCCCAGGCCCCCUCUAACGCCCACCCCGACCAACUCGCCCCAGACAAGGUUACUGCGUCUGCCUGGGUCGAGCUGGCGGUCGUAACCUACGCGGUAGCCUAUCUGGUUCUCUCCAUCGUUCCCCUGGUGGACGUCACCAAGACCAGACCGCUGCCGGAUGUGGCCUACUGGCUUUACGGGCUGGUGUCGCCCUACUGCCUGGUCAACGUGUACGGCAUGUUCGCGGGCCUGCACGACAAGCGGUGGGAGCUGGUGGUGGAGGGCUCCGACGACGGCCAGACCGACUGGCGGCGCUACGGCUUCCACUUCAAGCCCUCCCGCCCAUCCCACCUCCCGCUCAUCGUCACCCCGCCCACCUACUGGCCUAGGUUGGAUUGGCACCUGUGGAUCAUUCCGCUGAGUGUGCAAAAGGGCAACCCGCUCCCGCCCGAGUGGUACAAGGCCUUCCUGGCGGGUCUCCUCAAGAACACGCCUGCCGUUCUCGCCCUGGUCCAACACAAUCCCUUCACCGAUAAGCCGCCCGCCUACAUUCGCACUCGUAUCUGCGAGUAUGCUUUCGCUCAGAGGGGCAAGGGGCGAAGAGAGGGGGACUGGUGGGUGGAGCGGGAUCUGGGUGUGUAUGGCGGGGAGCUGGCCUACGACCUGGACAACCUGUGGACGCUGGGCAUCGACGUGACCAAGCACCUCGACCUGCCCAACAAGGACAAGUCAGGAGUAACCUCCUACAAGGUGAGCAUGUAG